AUGGACCACCACAGCCUGGACGAGUUCCGCCGGCGCUGGCAGGAGGAGCUGGCGCAGGCCCAGGCGCAGAGGAAGCGGCGGCGGCCCGAGGCUGCGGAGCGGCGGGCGCGGCGGCCCGAGGUGGCCCCCGGGCGCGGCGAGCAGGCCUCGGGGUACCUGGCGCUGGCGCAGGGCCUGCUGGAGGGCGCGAGCCGGCCCCCGGCGGCGCGGGCGGCCAGGGCCGAGAGGCAGGACGCGGCGAGCCGCUCCCGCUCCCCGCCAGCCCGCGACGGGGCCGGGGGCGCGGAGCAGCUGGUGGACCAGCUCAUCCGAGACCUGAAUGAAAUGGACGAUGUGCCCUUCUUUGAUAUCCAACUGCCUUAUGAAUUGGCAAUCAAUAUAUUUCAGUAUCUGGACAGGAAAGACCUGGGAAGGUGUGCACAGGUGAGCAAGACGUGGAAGGUGAUUGCAGAGGAUGAAGUGCUCUGGUACCGGCUGUGCCAGCAGGAAGGGCACCUUCCCGAGAGCAGCAUCUCCGAUUAUUCUUGCUGGAAGCUCAUCUUCAAGGAGUGCCGAGCCAAGGAGCACAUGUUAAGAACCAACUGGAAGAAUCGCAAGGGAGCCGUGAGUGAGCUGGAACACAUUCCUGAUGCUGUUUUAUGUGACGUGCACUCUCAUGACGGUGUGGUCAUUGCUGGAUACACAUCAGGGGACGUGAGGGUGUGGGACACCCGCACCUGGGACUACGUAGCCCCCUUCCUGGACUCCGAGUAUGAGGACGACGAGCCUGGAAUGCAGCCAUAUGUCUCCUUUGUGAGGAUAAACAGCUCGCUGGCAGUGGCAGCUUAUGAGGAUGGUUUUCUUAAUAUUUGGGAUCUAAAGACUGGAAAGUAUCCUAUCCACCGCUUUGAGCACGAUGCGAGAAUCCAGGCACUAGCCCUCAGCCAGGAAGAUGCCACUGUUGCCACGGCUUCUGCUUUCGAUGUUGUGAUGUUGCAUCCCAACGAGGAAGGAUAUUGGCAAAUAGCUGCAGAAUUUGAAGUUCAGAAACUGGUUGACUACCUUGAAAUAGUUCCAGACACUGAAAGGUACCCCGUGGCAGUGGCCGCUGCUGGGGAUCUGGUGUACCUGCUGAAGGCUGACGACUCUGCCAGAACCCUGCACCACGUCUUCGGGCAGCCCAUCACCUGUCUGGACGCCUCGGCCAGCCAGGCUGCUUUUGGAGUGAAGAGUGUAGGAUGGGUGCACGAAGGAAACAAGAUCCUGGUCUACAGCCUGGAAGCAGAACGCUGCCUCUCGAAGCUGGGCAACACGCUGGGCGACUUCUCCUGCGUCAACCUCAGGGACAGCCCCCCCAACCUCAUGGUCAGCGGCAACAUGGACAGGAGGGUGAGGAUCCAUGACCUCCGCACCAGCAAGACCGCCCUGUCGUUCUCUGCACACCAGCUUGGCGUCUCCGCAGUGCAGAUGGACGACUGGAAAGUGGUCAGCGGAGGCGAGGAGGGCCUGGUCUCCGUGUGGGACUAUCGGACGAACCAGAAGCUGUGGGAGGUGCAUUCCAGGCACCCCGUCCGCCACCUCUCCUUCACCAGCCACAGCCUCAUCACGGCCAACGUGCCCUGCGAGCGGGUGAUGCGCAGUGCCGACCUGGACGGCUUCGCCACGCACAGGAGGCACCGGGGGCUGGUCCACGCCUACGAGUUCGCCGCGGACCGGCUGGCCUUGCAGAGCGCGCUCCCCGCCUGCCGCGCGUCCUGCGACUCCACGGCGGGGAGCAGCUACGACCUCGCACUCGCCUUCCCCUCCGACAGUGCUUAG